ACAUUCAUAUCAAUCAAGGUAAAUCAUACUUGGAAUAGUAUUGUACAUGAGUGUGCACGCACAGGUUGCUUUUAAAUUGUUUGCUGCACAUAGCAGAAUCUGGCACUGCUGCACUGAAUGCUAGUAUGUACAGUGUGGUUGGAACAAAGGCCUGCAGACAGAGAGAAGCGCCUCGGUGGAAAUGUGGUUUCUGCUAUGUGACUCAUUCGGGGGUCUCGUAUGUCGCGCCAUUUGGUCUGACUUUUAACACCCAAAAUGUGAUAUACAGGUCGGUGGCCUGAAGAUUGCAUCACUGCUUUUUGCAGAUGAUGUGGUCUUGAUGGCGCCAUCAGCUUUAGAUCUACAACGCUCACUGGAUCAGUUCGCAGCUGAGUGUAAAGCGACAGGGAUGAGGAUCAGCACCUCUAAAUCUGCGGCCAUGGUUCUCAGUAGGAAACAGGUGGAUUGCCUACUCCAGGUGGGGAAUGAGUCAUUUCCCCAGUUGAAGGAGUUUAAGUACCUGGGGGUUUUGUUCACGAGUGAGGGGAUGAUGGGGCGUGAGAUCGACCAGAGAGUCGGAGCAGCGGGUGCAGUGUUGCAUGCGCUUCACCACACGUUUGUGAUGAAAAGGGAGCUGAGCGGGAAGGCAAAGCUCUCGAUCUACCGGUCAAUCUUUGUCCCUACCCUCACCUAUGGUCAUGAGCGAUGGGUCAUGACUGAAAGAAUGAGAUCGCGGGAACAAGCGGUAGAAAUGGGUUUUCUCCACAGAGUUUGGGUCUCCCUCAGAGACAGGGUGAGAAGCUCAGCCACCCGGGAGGGACUCGGAGUAGAACUGCUGCUCCUCUGUGUGGAAAGGAGCCAGUUGAGGUGGUUCAGCCAUCUGACGAGGAUGCCACCAGGGCGCCUUCCUAGGGAGAUGUUCCUGGCACGUCCAACUGGGAGGAGACCUAGGGGUAGACCCAGGACCAGGUGGAGGGAUUAGAUCUCUUCUCUGGCCUGGGAGCACCUGGGGAUUCCCCAGGCAGAGUUAGCCGAUGUGGCUGGGGAAAGGGAAGUCUGGGGCUCGCUGCUGAAGCUGCUGCCCCCGCGACCUGACUAUGGACAAUUGGUUGACAAUGGAUGGAUGGCCUAGCUUGAUAGUAUUAGCACUGCUCAUACCACGAUACAGAAUGAGGCCAUCACUAUGCUAAAGUCACCUCACAGCCCAGUGCUGGUCCUGGGUGCUCAUAGUUAACUCCCUCAAAGCUUAUUGGAACUAAAAUUCUGUAACACUGCUCAAGUUAAUGGGCUUCAAUGUCAGUUCAGCUUAAACAUUUGAAAGUCUUAAACUAAGUUUUGAAAAGCCCAACUACUGUUACUUUUAAAAGUGUAAAAGGGGUGUGUGUGAAAGUUUAAAAACAAAAUCUGGCUUUCAGCUACGUGGUGUGAUCCUGAUUGGAUGAACCCAUUCAUCACCACCAUCCUUCUAAAGGUCCAUGCUCCAAUUAUCAGAGGAACGAAGGCGGUUGAGACAACUGAACAGUUUACUAGGUCAAGGGGAAAGACAUACUGUAACUUGCAUUAUAUAUAAAUGUGAUAAAUAAAUUCACCCUUUGAGCCCUUAAGGCUGGUGUAUGAUGACAUACCAAGUAGUCUAAAAACGUCUUCGCCAGAUAAGGAGGGGAAGUAAAAAGAGGAAAACAAACUAUCAUAUUAUGUUUUAUCGUGACUUUUGGUAAACUGGUCAUAAGUCAUAUGACAUGAUGAAAAACAAGAUAUGAUGCUGGGAUGGUCUGUGGUGUAUUCAGAUGGGUUUGACUGCUUAAUCAUCCGCCUCUG